UUCUUGAAUGUACCGAAUGACUGAAAGCUAAUGUCAGAAGUGUCAGAUCUUCAAAAACAAAAAUCCUACGUGUAGGUGAAGAAACACAAAAUGGGAUAUUGUUGGUGUUCAGUGCUUUGCCAUUUAUGUAACUGACUCAGUACAUUGAUGUUAAAUCAAAUUUACUUUGGUGAAUUUUGUGCAAAUGUGUUAAAUCAACUUCAUGGUAGACAAGAACCUAACCUCUUGUUUCGUUAAUAACAACUGUUUAUUUUAUUGUUGUUGCGUACGAAAUAGUAACGUUUGCUUCGAAGAAAUGUAAAUUUUCCACCUUAAAAAGAUUGUCUUUUCUAUAAAUAGUAAUAAUAACACAACAGUAGAUUUAUAAAUGUCAAAUGUCAAUUAUCAAUAAUUUUAAGUGUGAAUAACAAAUUGAUCUUUGUGAACCAGACAAUUUUCACUUCAACCAGAUAUUCUACAUAAUUUUAAGCAAAAUGACGAGUACAGCUAUGGAAGAGUAUGAAUUAAUGAAAGAUGCAAAAUACAGGAUGUAUGUUGCUGCUAUAGAUAAAGCUUUAAAGAACUUCGAAUACACAUCAGAAUGGGCCGAUUUAAUUGCAGCUUUAGGAAAAUUAAAUAAGGUUCUACUGAGCUACACAAAAUUUCCUAUUAUUCCCAGACGAAUUAAAAUAAGUAAACGUCUUGCACAAUGUAUGCAUCCAGCGUUGCCGUCUGGUGUACAUCUUAAGGCAUUAGAAACUUAUGACAUUAUUUUUCGAUGUAUGGGAACAAAUCGACUAUCUCAUGAACUUUUCAUUUAUAGUGCAGGUUUAUUUCCGCUACUGGGCCAUGCGGCGAUGAACAUUAGGCCAACAUUGUUAACAAUCUACGAGUCUCAUUUUGUACCUUUGCGAGAAAGACUCCGACCUGCUCUUAGCGGAUUUCUUAGUGGUGUUUUACCAGGACUGGAAACAGGUUCAGAUCACUUUGAAAGAACCAAUACUUUGUUGGAAAAUAUAUGCGAUGGGGUUGGUUCUAAGUAUUUUUAUACUUGCAUUUGGCAAUGUGUAACAAACAAUAGUCCAGUACGAUUACCUGCAAUUAGUUAUGUGCUGGCACAUUACAGUAGAAAAUUACCAAUGGAAGAUCAGCUAUAUUUAAUGGGACAUGAUAUUGAUCUCAUGGUUUGUGGUUUAUGUGCAGCUGUACAAGAUUCCAGUGUUUUAGUGCAAAGAUCAGCUUUAGAUCUCUUAAUGGUUUGUUUUCCAAUGCAUAAUAAACAACUAUUGUAUGCUGAUAUGGUGCGUUUAGUGACUGCCGCUUUAUCGACAAUUCUAAGGCGGGACAUGUCGCUCAAUAGACGACUUUAUUCAUGGCUUGUUGAAAGUGAUGGAAAUGCGUCUCAUGUGAUGGUGGAAAACGACAGUAAAAAUGUUUCUGAAUCACAUAGUACCAUCGCAUACGAUUUACUUAUUGAUGCUAUAAGGAUAAUUUUGCGAAAAAGUAGUACAGAGAUACCCAUCGAUAUAAAACCAUACAGAUUAUUGACAUCGUUAUUUGACAAACCACAAAUAGGACCUGUUAUUUUGGAUAGUAUUUUAUAUGACGUUUUUCGAACGCUAUACCUGUCCUGCUUGCAACAGCAAAAACAGAAAAAUAGUUCCGUUAGGUGCGUAUCUUUUAAUGGUGAUUUAACUAGCUUAAAGAACGCAAGCGAAACCACGUUAAACAAACAAUUCGUUACAAAAAAAUGCCAAGAAUUAGUAAAAAAUGCCAAUCUUUUGUUUAAUACACUUCAGAACUAUUAUAUUUGGUCAUAUAUUGAAAAAUUAUAUGCAACCUCUGUGGCCAACAUAAAGAACUAUAAAACUAGAGACAGAUGUCAAGUUAACGAAAUUGGUGCAGGAUCUCCACAUAUUUUGGAAAUUUGUAUACUUACUGAUUUCUUGUUGGACGUCAUACCUAUUGAAUCGUAUGCCGAAACAACGUCAAAUAUUCUGCCCAAUUUAUUUAACAAAAUAAUUACAACUUUAAGGAUAAAUAUUGAUGUAAUUAAUCAUCACGAAGUAGAACAAAGUUUAUUGUUAUGUACAAAAAUUUUAACGAAAAUACAGCCGGUCACUUUAACACAAAUCAAAGAGGCGGAAGCAGAGACCGAUAGUUUAAAUGUUAAUUCUGAGGUUGAGAAAUCACUAGAAACAUCGGUUGUACUCGAGAGUGAGAUGAGUAUUGAAGAACCGAGAACAGCUCUAGAAAAGAGCAAAUCGGAUUCGAAAAUAAACGAAAACUUUAACAAAAACGAAUUGACUAUAGAUGAAAGCAGCAGAGAGAGGUCAUACAGUAAUCAAAUGUUAAAGAAAAAAGACAAAACAAGCCCCAAGAUAGAAAAGAAAUCAAAAAACAAGAAAUCAAAGUCAAGUUCGAAGCUGUACGAACUUAAUAAAAAUGAAGUACCAGAUUUGAUUUUAAACGAACAACCCGAACCGCCAAAAGUUGAAAUCGAAACAGUAACAGUGAAGACGGCCAAAAUCGAAAACAAAUAUUUCAUCACUUGUUUAGAAGAAUAUAAACAGUUUUAUGUAACAUUUAUUACUUCAAAAAUAUUGCCUGGAAUCAACUUGAACAGCUUUUUAGAAAAGUUGGUUUGUGACAAAGAUGAAAGAACCAAUCGCUUAAUAAAAUUAUUAGAAGAAUGUUUGCAAAGGAAAUGUGAGUUUACGCCAGUUGAUUUUAAUACUAUAAUAACGAAACCCGAAAUUUUAACAGCGAUGAAUAUAGCACCUGAAAACGCCGUGAGCGAGUUUGAAUCUGCAAUGAACGUUGCAUCAAACGUUCUCUUAGAAUUUUCGGCGUUCCCAAAUUUAAUUAACAGCGAUGUAGAACCGUCAUUACCGUCGUGGUUGCAAGCUUUAGUUGUUGCAGCGUGUUGUAAAGAUUCCUCCAGAGAAAUUCAAAUAAUUUCUAUGAACACUUUACUGGAGAUUUUCAGUCUGUCGAAGAAUCAAAACUAUAUGAAAAAAGAUGAUUGCAACACCAACAUUGUGAUAACGGGUAUCCUUGAAAGCGAACAUGUCCGUUUCAUUGAGGAUAACACUGUUAUUAUUGAGGAAAUGUCUCAAAUUUUAUGGAAUUUACUAGGAAUUUUAAGUAAUCAAAAACAAUUAUUACUAUGUGUGACCCUCUUGUAUCAAAUUCAUAACACAUUUGAUAAUAAAUGUUUCGUGGAACAAGUGAUCAGCAAAUAUUUAGCUAACGAAAAUAUAACAUCAGAUUAUGUGAAACAAUUUUCACUCUUGUGGCAUUUGGGAAGAGACUUAAAUAUUAAACUCCCACCAAAUAUGACAAACAUAAGAAAUUUUGACAGGUCCCUCUUGAAGAUUCUUGAUAACUUACAAAAUGUAGAGAAACCAAACAUACAAUUACUAGCAGAGUCUUUUUUGACGCACAGUCUUCUCCACGGGGAUAUUCCCAGAAUAGUAAACCCCAUAUUGGUAAAACUGCUUGCUCCAAACACUGCCAGGGUCUCAAUAAGACAUGUUAAUAUUAACGAUUCCGAUGUCCAGAGUGAAAUAACGGUUCAAGACAAUCAAAAAAUCGAAGAAUACCAAACCAAGAAAAUUUACGCUGUUAGUAGCCAAAACGGCAACAUUAUGUACCACUUAGAAGAUCAAAAACCCACAAAGAGAAAAUGGUUUACGUUUUCAAAAGGUGGAAAGAAAUAUUCCCCAACUGUAGUCAAUAUGACAACGAGUGUUAUGGACGAUUUAAACAUUGUUACAAGGAAAAAUAAGGAUUAUAAAAAUGUGAGGGUGACGCCUAAAAUGGACAAAAGCGCUAAAGGAAAUAUGAAAGUCAUAAUCAAUCCUUUGAGUUCUAAAGAGAUAUACCCUGAUGGAUUAAAUGGGUCAUAUUCAAAACUUGAUUCGCAUAGAUCUUCCAGUGAAAGCUUAACAUCCAGUAACGAUUGCACACCAGUUAGUAACGAGUCGUUAUAUAAGUCACUUCCUCCUGAUGGUAGCACGGAUAGAGAUUCUGGUUAUGACUCGUUUAUAAAGAGCAAAACACAGUUGGAUCUCAUUUCUAAUUCGUCUAAUAAAUUAUUAGAAAGUAUCGAACCUAUAUCCGACGGUAUUAAGGACGAUAGUUUAAUAAAUGGAAAUAUUGUAAGAAUACCAAAAUCACAAAGUUUCGAUGAUAAAUGCUAUAGUGGUAGGAACGACGAAAUGGAAAAUUCUUUAGUCCAUAGUUGGUCGUACUGCAUCUCUGAUUCAGACAAUCUCCAUGCAGAACUGGAGAUAAGCACAAGCGCAGAAGAAUUCUUCAAUAGAAACGAUAAUGUAAUAGUAACAGACAUCAUUAAUGACAUCAUAGAUAAAGUUUGUAGCUUAGUCGAUAACAAUCACACUCCUACUAGACCCACAGAUUUAGAUUUAAGAUCUAAAAUAACAGUACACUCGUCCAAGAACUGCGUUUUGUAUCCUAUACAUUCACAUAUAUGUUUAUACUACGAAAUUUUUGAUUCCAAUCAGAUACUAUACGCUUUACAAACUUUAAAAAAUUGCAUCUUAUGCAAUCCCCAAUUAUUCAUCAAGUGUCUUGCCACAAGUGGUAUUAAAGAUUUAAAAAAUAACGAUAUAUUGUAUCUUUUGGGUCGUCAUAGAAAAUCGCUAUUAGGCUACAGUUUUUCUGGCGAGCUAAAUAUCGAAUAUCAAAAUUUUUACAGAGGAUAUAUGUUUUUGGACAUUAUUAUCUCGAUCUGUUUGAAUUAUGCUAGAACAUUUUAUCCUUUUGUUGAAGAUCUUCAUGUUACAGACCAAGAACUGAGUAACAAUUUGAAAAUUCAAUUAGAAAGUUUAAAAAUUUUAGAUGUGAUUGUUAAAAACCUCAUAACGAUGGUUACUGAGAAUACAAAAGGGUUUGCAAAUUAUAUUGGGGAUAUGUUGAUUAAGUGCAAACUUCAAAAAAUUAUGCUUCACUGUUUAUUGACUUCCGUAAGAAAUUUUGACGAAGAGAUGACAUUUGCUGAAGAAGUUUUGUUGUUUAACAACUUCCAGUUGUACGACUCGAAUCACCGAGUUGGAGAACACGUUGAAGCCUAUCAAAUUCAACUAUUAAGGUUGAUCCAUUCACUGAUAAUUUUGGAAUACCACGUAUUUACAACAGUGAAGCCUGUUAGUGCAUCUUCUCAAGAAUCAACGACUCCCUCAACCGGCGAACACUUGAACUACACUCCAACUAUUUUAAUACCACAACAAAACAUCUUCUUGUCCGCUGUCAUGAGUGCAUUGCGGCAUAACAACAUGAAGAACUUACAAGAGAAGUGGUUGAAUAUGAUAACAUCAUGCCUUCCUUAUUUUGGCGAGAAUAUCAAACAAAUAUCGAUCAGCGUGAUUCAUCAAAUUUGUAAUAACAUUGAAGAAAUAGCAAGCAAGUAUACUCAGUCAGAAAUUGAAGGAGAACUCUGUUCUGAUUAUGCUGUGACGCAGCUGGAGUCUCUUACAAUAUUAUGCCAUUACUGCUUAUUAGACUCUUCACAGACUGUUAAUCAUUUAAAUGCACCUGUAAACUCAAGCACUCCGGUUUCUAAUCCAGGAGAAAUUUUCAACAAUCUUGUUAGUGCAUUUUUUUCACCUGUUGGUUUAGAUUAUAUACAUUCAAACUCGAAACAAAAUUCCGAUCAUUAUCAAAAUGCUAGAAAAACCAUUUUGAGCCAUAUGCCGAGGAUUAUUUCUAGUGUUGCUAAGUUGUGGCAAACGAUAGUUAAUUUAGAGAAUGAUAAUAAUGGUGUGUAUGGAAAUUCAAAAGUUGUUAAACAACAAUUGUUGGAAUUUUUGAGCCCGAUUUCUGUCAAUCACGGAGCCAGUUUUUUGGCAGCAAUUGCUGUUGCAUGGUACGAAAGAAGAAACCUUUUUACAAACAUCAAAACGGUUUUGCCUGAACCAAAUGCUGGCCAAAACAAUUUAGUUUACCUUAUAUCAGCUAUAAGAGUCAUUCCACUUGAUAAUUUAGUACAAACCGUAACUGCUGUGAUAAAAAACCCUCCUCCCACUGAAGGUCUCAGUGCCGACAUUUGUUUGGAUGUCUCCGUCUUAGAAUUAUUCUAUUGUUAUAUGCGUAAUGCUUCACCAACUCAGUUAACAGAAGCGUGGUCUUCACUACUCGCCUUAAUAAGAGAAGGUUGUUCAUUAAGUCCUCCCGCUCAGUUCCUUUUAGCUGCACUACUGCACGAAUUAAUGAUUAAAUGUUGUCCACUGGAAGAAAGAAAAGACCAAAAAGAUCUCCAAGAUGUCACCGCCAAAUUAAUUGAAUGUGUAUCUCAAGUUUGUGGUUCCUGUUUGGAACAAACGACAUGGUUAAGAAGAAAUCUAGCUGUAAAAGAACAGGAAGAAGAAUUAACACCUGAUCCCAGCUUAAACGGAACUAGUUCAGAUAUCGUUGUUGGAAACAGUCAUAGCGUACAAGCACAAUUGGUUUUGUCAGAAAUUUUGGCUCCUAUUUUAGACAUAUGUUUUGGUUCGUCUGAAAAAGAUAAAGUUGUUACAAUUUUAACUUCACUUAUGUACAACAUUGUUCCAUACCUUAAAACACAUACAACAAAAAAUAUGCCUAGUUUUAAUGCGUGUUCCAAGUUAUUGGCGGCUCUUAGUAGCUACCAAUACACUAGGAAAGCGUGGAAAAAAGAUGUUUUUGAAUUAUUAUUGGAUAAUUCAUUGUUUCAAAUGGAUUACUCUUGUAUUAAAUAUUGGAAGAUCAUUGUAGAUAACUUAAUGACCCACGACAAUACCACAUUUAGAGAUUUGAUGAGUCGAGUUUCUUUGACCCAGAGUGGUAGUUUAAGUAUAUUUUCAUCAAGAGAGCAGGAAUAUGAGCAAAGAGCACAGUUACUAAAGAGACUUGCUUAUGUGAUAUUCUGUAGUGAAAUGGACCAAUAUGCCAAGUAUAUGCCAGAUAUACAAGAACAAUUGACAAGUAGUUUAAGACUGAACGUGCCUGGUGUACAAGCACAAGUUUUCCUUUGUUUUCGUGUAAUUUUAAUAAGAAUGAGUCCUAUACACAUUACGUCACUUUGGCCUAUUAUAAUUAGCGAAAUGUUGCAAGUUUUUUUACAAAUCGAACAAGAAUUGCUCACUGACACGGAAGAAUUUAGGACGGGCAACAGUUAUCAUAUAAAGUUAUUGUCAACACUUGAUGCAAGUUGGGCGACGAAUAGCAACAAUGGUUUGCAUGCAUUAGGUCAUCCGCAUUGGUUGAGAUUGCAGUUGGCUACAGCUAAGUUGCUAGAUUUAGCGUUGUUGUUACCAGCUCUUUCUCUGCCUCAGUUCCAGAUGUAUCGUUGGGCGUUCGUUGGAGAUGAUUUAGAAAGAUUACAUUCAUCGUCAGGUGUCUCCUUUAUUCCGCACGUUGUUAGAAUUGCCAACCUUAUGGAUACCAAAUUCACGGACACCCAAAUAGAAACUCUACCAAUGAAAAGAAAUGAAUUAUUAUUAACAAUGAACAGUAUUAAUCAACUUAAAGAUCUGCACAGCUUUUUCAAAACGUUAAGUUUAUGUUCUAAUCGGCAUAGGACGGAAUGUAGUAAAGUAAGCGGCAGUGACCAUUCUCUAAACGAUCGACAGUCAGAUAAAAAAUUAAACAUGAUCUUGGAAAAAAUUGAUAAAGUAAUUGAAAUGGACUUUCUUGACAAAAUCCCGAGAUAGAGUGAAUACGUUACGUUUUCCAAAGAAUUCAGUAUUGAAUCCUGAUCAGUUGUGAACCCUGAAUCUUACAAAAUAAUUUAUGUGGUAAUUCUUUUAAGUACUUGUUUAGAUUGUUGUAUUAAUAAUUUGUGUUUAUUUAUUGAAUUGUUUUUGAUCUUUGUUAUUGCGGGUGUAAUUUUAUUGUACAUAAUGAAAAGCAUUUACAAGAUGUGAUUUUAUAUUGUGAUGUAACUCAAAACGUUGGCAUUGCCUAAAUGUAAUUAUUUGUAUUUAAUAAUUCUGUAGAUAAUUAUACAUUUUGCUACAAUAAGCAUAUUGGGAUAAAA